AUCGAGAAAAAUUUGUUCACAUUCCAACAAUUGGUGGUCGCGUUAUUAUUAGUUCGUUACAUCUAUUUUAACGUUGAUAAAUGCUUGUAAAAUCAAUUUUUUCAAAAAUUCUUGAAGCUAUGUAAAUUAAUCCAUAUCAUAUCAAUAUCGCUUCCCUUCUUGCGCUUUGUUUAAGUUCACCGGAAAAUAGGAUUCGUGUCGCAGGAAGAUAUGAGAUGAUCCUUCAUGCGAAAUACGCGUCGGAUUUUCGAGGAACGUGAGCAUGAAAUGCGGAUCUAUCGCGUCCGAAAAAAGAUUUAUUUGUUGAAGCAAUAUUCGAAGUCGCCAAAGAAUUCUUUCGGCUGUCUUUUCGAUGAAUCAACCGGCGGAGAAACGAGCACGUUCGUUAAUCGAUUUAGUGAAAAAAAAGCAAGAAAAAUGGCAGCCGGAUACGACGAUUGUUACGACGCUUCUUGGCAUUUGAUACCGCCCGAUUAUGUCAGCAACGAGGAGGAUUACAGGCUACUGGAAAGUAUGAAAAUGCCGGCCAGAACUUCUGGUUUUGCCAUCAGCGACAUUUUGGAAUUAAACGAUGCCAAACCGUCGCAGGAAGAAUCAGAUGUACAAGGUACCACGACGGUUUUACCAACGGCUACCGACAUGCCGUCGGCUUACCAGCAAUUUCUGGAGCACACAACCGCCAUGUUGCAACCUAUGCACGCUAAUCUGAAUAGGGGUACACUACCACCGCCUCCACCUGGAUUAUUAGGAUGGCCAACUGGACCGGCACUACCAACAACAUUACCUCAACCCUUGGAGGAGGUGAAUGUUCUUCAACAACCGGACUCGACGAGCCCGGCGAUCUCGGAUUUGUCGUUCCCGUCACAACAGGAGAACAGUCACGAGUCAUCGAAGGACGAAGAGUCACAGGACUUUGAGGACGAGCAACAGACUGGCAACGAGACGUCGCAACCCCACGAGACCGAGCAUAAGAAGCGCAAGCGACGCGUGCUCUUCUCCAAGGCACAGACUUACGAGCUAGAGCGACGUUUCCGUCAGCAGCGUUAUUUGAGCGCGCCCGAGCGAGAGCACUUGGCCUCUAUCAUUCGCCUUACGCCAACUCAGGUGAAGAUCUGGUUCCAGAAUCACAGGUACAAGACGAAGAGGGCGGCGAGUGAACGUGUUGAAGCCGGCGGCAGCAGCUGCUCACCCAGAAGAGUCGCCGUGCCAGUGCUAGUGAGAGAUGGCAAACCCUGCCAAUCCAAGCUGAUGGAACCUACUGCAUAUCCCGGAAGCGGCCAGGUCCCUAUGGCGCCAUAUAUACCACAGAAAUAUUGGUGGUAAAGUAGUUAACUGAACUGAACUAGGAUAAAACAAUCCAGAGCAAUCUGUGGCGAUUCACGCUGAUCGAUCAUUAUUGCGAAACAAUAUUGCAAUUCCCGAUUAAAAUAUUGUCGUGAACAAGAAGUCGUAAACGAAGAGAACGAAGAAAGAUGAAGAAGAAAUUCAAGAUGGAAGGUAUGAAUAAUCUUAUAGCAGUGAUGUUGAACAUGUUAAAGUGUUAGAAGGUUCGUGAUAAUGCGAUAGUAACAAUAAAUAUGAAUUCGAUAUCAUCGACGACAUCGUCGAUAUUAUCGUCAACGAAGAAAUAAAUAAACUAGUUAACAAGUAUUAGUUGGAAAUAAUUAACGGAAUAAAUUUUGGAACAUUAGUUCUUAAGUUCAACUUCUCGUGCAUAUCUCCUCUUGAACGUAAUUACAGACAUAGACAUGUAAUGAAAUGAAAAGCUGAACCAUUUCUAAGUUUGACAACGUGUUUAAUCAUCAGGUGUAUUUCGAGAAACGUAUACAAUCGGACUUCUCAAAGUAAAAUUGCUUGACUUACGAUGUUUUACGGAACAAGUUUUACGAGAGUGUUUAACACACGCGUCCAACGAACC